AUUAUCGACAUCACUGACAGAACAGCUGAGGAAAACAGCCAAACGGAAACUUUUACGGAUUUGGAACUUGGAUUCGGAUUGGACGCCAUGCAGAAGAAGCCCAUCAAUGCCAACUCGCUGCUGGACAAGCUCCACCGCGGCGCCGUAUACGCCUGCAUCGGGGUCACCCUCUACGGCACCUACAUCCUGGGGAUGCGCUACUACCACUACUACACGGUCAUCCGGCCGGAGAAGCAGCAGGCGGAACUAAAGCUCUUGGACGAGGGGGCCCACGACAAGGCCAAGGAGCUGAAGUACUAGGACGCACCCUCGUCUGCCCCUUUAAUUGUUAAAUGUCUGUUAAGCGCAAUAAAUUGUAAGGAAAUGUAAGCAUUUUCAGCUGAAAUCGAA